CGUUUCUUUCAUCAACCAAUCACGAAAAUUGUUUACUUUCUUCAGAAUUUCUACAAAAAAAUAAAUUUUUAAAGGAUUUUAGUUGAAAAAAAUAGGAAAAAUGUUUCGAACAUCACUGCAACAUGUCACAAAAGCCUUCAAGGAUGUCGGGAAAUGUCGUCAGAUGAGUGUUGUUGCUCAAGUGUUGAAAUAUAAAGAGUAUGGGGAGCCGGUUAAAGUAGUUCAACUCGAGGAAGAGACGAUUCCAGAUCCGAAAAGUAAAGAAGUUCUUGUCAAAAUUCUUGCUGCGCCCGUGAAUCCUGCGGAUAUUAAUACGAUUCAAGGAAAAUACGCCAUCAAACCUCCUCUUCCCGCAGUUCCCGGCAACGAAUGCAUCGCUGAAGUAAUUUCCAUCGGAUCUGACGUAAAAAACGUUUCUGUCGGCGACAAAAUCACUCCUUUCGCUCGAGGAAGCGGCACAUGGCGUUCUCACUGCCUUUACAACGAAGACGAUUUAAUUGUUCUCCCCAAAAAUAUCGGCAUCGUCGAAGGCGCAACAAUAAAUGUCAAUCCCUGCACCGCAUAUCGCAUGUUAAAGGACUUUGUGCAACUCAAGCCCGGCGACACAAUCAUCCAAAAUGGCGCCAACAGCGCUUGUGGUCAAAUUGCCUUCCAAUUGUGCAAAGAAUGGGGCGUCAAAUGCAUCGGAAUUGUUCGCGAUCGUCCCGAAUUGUACAAACUCGUCGAAUAUCUCAAGGGAUUAGGCGCUGCCGAGGUUUUAACGGAGCAGGAACUUCGCACGACGACAAUUUUCAAGUCUGGAUUGAUUGCGAAACCGAAAUUGGCGUUGAAUUGUGUCGGCGGAAAGAAUGCUUUGGAAAUUGUGAGGCAUAUGGAGAAGAAAAGUACGAUGGUGACGUAUGGAGGAAUGUCGAGAGAGCCUUUGACGGUACCAACAGCAGCUUUAAUCUUCAAUGACAUUCGUUUCAAGGGCUUUUGGAUGACACGAUGGACUCAGGAGAAUCCGGGAAGUCCCAAAAGGAAGGAAAUGUUUGAAGAUUUGGUCAAUUUGAUGGUUGAGGGAAAGCUAAAAGCGCCGCAGCAUGAAAUGAUUGACUUUAGAAAUUUCAAAGAAGCUCUCGAAAAUGCGUUGCGAAUUCAAGGUUUCGUUGGGAAAAAAUAUAUUUUGGAUUUUAGUCGUUAAUUUUUGGUUUUUUCGUCGAUUUUUUCUUAUUUUGAUACCUAAAAAUAAUAAAAAAUAAAAA